CCGUAACACCUCUUGCCCUUCAGGCCUCAAUACAACAAUGCGCGGACCUUAGAAUACGCUCUCUGUAUGCGCAUUCUAUCCUUCAGAUACUUGCGACGACUAAUGAAUCGCUUUGGAGACCGUACGACAUGACCUCGCCACCGCCAGAGGAAGAAAAGGUCGCGGACGAGCAUGACACCCUUAGGUAUUCUCUUCUAGGGCCUUCUCUCACAAAGUCCGGACAAGACAAUGUAGAUCAGCAAAAGGUGUCGGAAAUAAUAUACAACGCGUCGAAAGGGUCAAAGUACUUUGAAAACGAGAAAUCAAGGUAAAAUGUGACGGGUUGGUCCUCAUUCAGUGCUUACUGACUCAACCGUCUUCCAGAGACAAAAACCUGACCCAGAAAAUCGAGCGUAUCCUCUCUACAAAGAAACAACUGGAGAAACUAGACCUCGCAAGCGACCGUCGAAAAGCAGACGAUUUUAUUGCCGAACUCGAGCUUACUCGCGAUCUAUCCCAAACAAUCGUUCAUAUUGAUUGCGAUGCUUUUUUCGCAGCUGUCGAAGAGCUGGACCGUCCGGAGUUGAAGGACCUACCGUUUGCUGUUGGAAAGGGAGUUCUUACAACCUGUAACUACCAUGCUAGGAAAUUUGGCUGCCGGAGUGGGAUGGCGGGGUUUGUGGCGAAGAAGUUGUGUCCACAGCUGAUACAAAUACCCUUGAAUUUUGACAAAUAUACUUCAAAGGCACAGGAGAUUCGUGAACUGAUUGUGGACUACGAUCCAAGAUUCGAGAGUGCCAGCAUUGAUGAGGCCUAUCUGAAUAUCACGGAAUAUUGCCAGAAGAACGAUAUCUCCCCUGAGGAGGCUGUUGAGCAAUUGAGAAGGGAAGUUCAUGAAAAGACAAAAAUCACCAUAUCGGCUGGAAUUGCGGCAAAUGCCAAGCUGGCGAAGAUCUGUUCUAAUUUGAAUAAACCCAACGGACAGUUCAUUCUUCCAAGUAAGCGGCCUGCGAUCAUGGCAUUCAUGCGAGAUCUCCCAACCAGAAAGGUAAAUGGAAUUGGACGAGUCUUCGAAAGAGAACUAGAUGCGAUUGGGGUCAAGACAUGUGGAGAUAUUUACACCUACCGCCAAUUUAUUUCAAAGUUGUUUGGUGAAAAGGCUUUUGCUUUCCUGAUGCAAUGUUACCUUGGCCUAGGUCGAACCUCAGUCCAACCAGCUGAAGAAUAUGAGCGAAAGAGUGUUGGCACGGAAAGUACCUUUGGAGAAAUGAGUGACCCUACUCAGCUUCGAGAAAAGCUUCGCGCCACAGCCGAGGAAUUGGAAAAGGACAUGAUUCGAACACAAUUCAAAGGUCGAACUUUGUGCCUGAAAAUCAAACUCCAUACCUACGAGGUCUUUACUCGUCAAACAAUUCCCCCAAAAGCAGUCUACCUUGCCGACGACAUCUAUAAAUUCGCCCUUCCUAUGCUAUCAAAGCUUGAACAUGAAUUCCCAGGUAUGAAGUUAAGGCUUCUAGGAUUGAGAUGCACCCAUCUCGCUAGUAUGAAGAAACCAGAUACGAUGGCUUUUUUUGGCUUCAAAAAGCGUCCAACACCCGAUUCUCCGGAGGUGGGAGAAACAAUGUCGCCGCCCCCGAAACGAAAAGUAGAACUCUUAUCGAAUACUACCGAAGAAGAGGAGGAACAAUGGCAAAAAUGGCCUGACGAGCUCCUAUUCGAAGAUGCUGAACGUCAAGAACGAGAAGACGAGUAUCAGGAGCUGGAGUUCCUCAGUCAAGAAAUCGACAAGAGGCGCCAUCACGGGAAAGAGAUACUCCCUAAUCCCACACCCAAGAAAGUGUUGGAAGAGAAAGAGAGUAGGGAAGAGAGUAUUGAGGAGGAAUGGUGGGAUUGUCCGAUUUGCAAUAGGCCCCAGGCACAGGAUGAGAGGAGUUUUAAUGAGCAUAUUGAUUUAUGUCUGUCCAGACAGACUAUUAGGGAUGCGGUGCAAGAAAGUGCUGAUAACGACAGAGCGAGGGUGGUGGUUAGAGAAGCGACACCCACAAAUAAAAGGAGGACUAGGAACGAGAAGAGGGACAAAUCUGGGAAAGUGGGGGAUCCUAAGCAAAGGCGUUUGUUCUUUGGGUAGCGAGUGGAUGAUGGUUGUAUUUAUGAUUUGGUGCAUUUUCAGGUUUGCAUAGGGAUCGGAGUACUUGAACAAGACAUUCGGCAUAGGGUAUUGUAAGGCGUUUGGAGGGAUCAGUAGGAUAGAAGUUAAAAACCAAGAGCCC